AAUCUAUUCCCCCAGCAGAAAUGGAGGUGCCCCUUUCAAGCCCCUCCCCCAAGUACCCCUGAGAUGCUUCAUUUCAGUGGCCCCGGUGCUGAUGUGUGUUGUCCUGGGAUGCAUUCCUGAUUGUGCCUCUUUUUGUCCUCCUCUGAACAGGUGUACAGGAGACCUACGGACAAGCAGGAACGUGUGGAAGUGUAAUCAUGGGACGGAUUGUGGGGGGCACAGAUGCACAGGCCGGGCAGUGGCCUUGGCAGGUCAGCCUGAAUUUUCAGAGUGUUCAUGUGUGUGGCGGCUCCCUCAUUUCCCCCCAGUGGGUGAUCACUGCAGCGCACUGCUUCCCACCGGAAAACCCCAUCGCCGACUAUGAGGUGACGCUGGGAGCCUUCCAGCUGACCAACCUCCUGUCUAACAUCACUGUGGUUGGGGUGGAGCAGGCCAUCAAGAAUCCCGGCUACACGGAUGAGGACUCCGGCGGGGACCUUGCGCUGGUGAAAUUGAAAAAGCCCAUCUCCUAUACGCGUAGCAUUCGCCCCAUCUGCCUGCCGUCCGCUUCCGUCAGCUUCCCCAGCGGCAUGAUGUGCACUGUGACUGGCUGGGGGAAUGUGCUUACCUCUGUCAGCCUGCCCAAUCCCAAGACCCUGCAGCAGCUGGAGGUGCCAGUGAUUGGGCUGGAGACCUGCCGCUGCCUCUACAAGAUGAGCGCCAACCACAGACCCCACGUGAUCCAGGACGACAUGAUGUGUGCGGGCUACGCUGAGGGCAAGAAGGACGCCUGCCAGGGUGACUCCGGGGGACCCCUCUCCUGCCGUGUGGGCAAUGCCUGGCUGUUAGCUGGGGUGGUGAGCUGGGGGGACGCGUGCGGGUCCCCCAACCGGCCUGGCGUCUACACCCGUACCUCGGCCCACACAGCCUGGAUUAAACAGAUCAUCCCGGCGGUGGAGAUGAGCGACGUGCGCGUGAAUCAGGAGCCAGUCUCGGAGGAGGGGCUGUGUCCCAACACCACCAGUCGGCCUGGCCCCUAUGACGGCGUCCAGCCCCAUCCCAGCUGGCCCCGGCCAAUCUCCCCCAACCAGCCUUUGGACCACGCUACCUCCCACAUCCUCACUGCCAGCCUGCUGUUCUUCUGCCUGCUACUUCACGUACUCCCUGCUCUAUAGCGCCCCUGCUCUCAAGGUCAGCGCAGCAUGGGACCCCACCCCCGCUAAGGCAGUCCAGGGGCGUCUUGCCCCCCUCCCAAACUCAGCAGGAUGGUCCCAAGAUUUCAAAGUCUUGGGUUUCCCGCCCCAUCCCCUUAUUGUUCCUGUUUGUUUCCUGCGUUGUGCUGCUCUGUCACGAUCAGGGAAUUGACGUGACUUCAGGGCACCGCGCUGGCAGCAGCCCUGUUCACGGCAACGUCCUUUCUGCCUCCGGUACUGCAGACCCCUGAGUUCCAGCAAACAGGGUCCUGCAAACCUCUCCCAAGCCUCGCUCUGGGAUCGAGGCUCACGCCAACCCCUGAGCCUCACUCUGGGAUCGAGGCUCACGCCAACCCCUGAGCCUCACUCUGGGACUCAUGCCAACGUCUAAGCCUCGCUCUGGAUUGAGAUUCACGCGAGCCCCAGAGCCUCACUCUGACUCCCAGGGCCCCACUCUGUGAGAAUCAGGGCCCUAGCAGUAGGCAGCUCCCCAACCCCUGUUCCCAGGCCCGGUUCUGUCACCAUGACACCUCCUAGGGCAGCCUAACAAGCUCCCUAUCUUCCUCUUCCCACCCUGAUUUUUCCAGGGAGACUCCGGGGGACCCCUCUCCUGCCAAGUGGGUAGUGUCUGGCUGCUGGCCGGAGUGGUGAGCUGGGGGGAAGCAUGUGGGGCCGCCAACCGGCCCGGAGUCUAUACCCGCGCCUCAGCCCAUGCUGCCUGGAUCAAGGAGACCGUC